UUUGCGUUUAAUCUCGGGUUUAUCGUCACCUCAUCAAAAGCAAACACGUUCGUCUCAUUAUCUGGAUUUAGUGCAGCAUUCGUGAUUGGACCAAUUGAGGGGUUUGAACUCUUUAGUCGAAUACAAUUACCCUCAAUAAUUUGCAACUAAACUAGAGAAUGGAACCGGAACAACUAGUUUCUGGGAUUAGUCCCCGGGAUUUGACCAAUCAGAGCGCAGAUCAGAAGAAUGGUUGUCACAAGGGAGAGACUAGUACUGAUCCGUCGAAAGAGUGGUUGCAUAACUUGUGGUGGCAAGUCAGCGAUGCACAAGAGGAAACAGACUACUACGACAGAACGGCUGAAGACUAUGAGAGUGUGACUAAUCAACUAAACUGGAGGGCUCCUCAAUUGUGCAUGAAGACCAUAACCAACUGGGAGCAGAAGAGUGGUGGAGCCAUACCGAGGCAUUCAGUUGCAAUUGACAUUGGAGCUGGCACUGGUCUAAGUGGUGUGGCUCUUAGAGACAUUGGCUUCACUGGACCUGUAGACGCCCUGGAGCCAUCUGCUAACAUGUUCGCACUGGCCAAACAGAAGAAUAUAUACAGAGAUUGGUAUGGAGAAAUGUUAGUGGAGGGGGAGGAGACUACAGUGCCUGGAGACAUGUACGACUUGGCAUUCUCAGUAGGAGUGUUCAGUGACAGAUCGGCAAAGAAAGGCAGUAUGUCUGAAGUGUUGCGUAUGGUUAAGAAGGGGGGCUACAUAUCAGUCAUCAUGGUUGCCAGACACUGGCUAGACGAAUUCAGAGACCACAUCGCUCUUAUGGAGGCGGAGGGACUGGUUAAGACUCUUCACGUGGAUAUGUUUGAUGCCGACAUGUACAUGAGAGAAGUAGCAGCCGUGGCUUUUGUCAUGAAGAAACUAUGACUACUUUAAGUGAUCAGGACUAACUAGCUGUUUUUUCAAUUUUGUAAAUUCAUGUCUGACCACUUCUUACAGUUAAACUUGGCUCUUUUCCUCCCCCCACCUGCAAGUUUUAUCAGUAAACGUU